AUGAUUAUGAGUGAUAAUCAUAAUAAGUGGGAUGUCAUGGACGAUGAUAUUGUAAGACUAUCGCCGAAAAGAAAAAAUCCCAGUGGAAAACUUGUAAGCAGUGGUCAAAGAGAGAUUAUUGUCAACAUGUACAAGGACAUUAGAAGUAAACAUCCAGAAAUGAAAUACAAACCAAUGAUACUCGAAAUAAAUCAAACCACGGGUAUUGGUCGUCAAACCAUCUGCUCUACCAUAUCCGAGUAUAGACGUACAGGAACCAUCUCUUCUCCAAUCAAAAAACGAAAUAGGUCAUCACUCUUGAGCCAAACUGACGAUUUGGAUCGUAAUACAUUACGGAAAAAGGUUUAUUCGCUUUGGUUACGCCGUGUACUUCCGACGAACGACAGAAUACUGGCUGAAGUUAACAAAGAUCCUGCGCUUCCAAAAUUUAAACGUACUGAUUUUGAUAACAUAAUUAAAAAUUUAGAUUUUGUUUUCACUAAAUUUAAACAGCACAGUGUAUUGACUGAGAGUGAAGAUUUGAUUGUUUGUCGACGCAACUAUUUAAACGAUAUUCGUAAAUAUCGUGAAGAGGACCGUACCAUAUAUUAUCUGGAUGAGACGUUGUUGAAUGCUGGCGAUUUUAUGGACCAAGUAUUGAAGAACAAAUCAGUAGUCCACAAACACAAGGCUUUUAACAAAGGCAUUAAAACUGAAGUGGAAAAUCUGACGGGGAAUGGGAAUCAUUUGAUUUUGUUUCAUAUUGGAUCAAACAAAGGAUUUUUGAAAGGGGGUCUAUUAUGUUUUGAAUCAAAAAUGAGUAGCGGUGACUACCAUGAUGAAAUUAAUGGUGAUCAUUUUAAAGAAUGGUUCGAAUCUAUUCUCCCACGUCUUGAGCCAAACUCCAUUGUAGUUAUGGAUAACGCUCCGUAUCAUUCAAUCAAAGCCGAACAAAUUCCGACGCCGAGUUCGAAAAAAGCUGAAAUAUUGGAAUGGCUUAAUUCAAAAGGUGUCACAUUCGAUAAGCCAAUGUUGAAGCUUCAACUGCUUGUCAAGGUACGUGAGUUAAGACCGCGAUUCUCAUCGUACGUCAUUGACAACUUGGCUACAAACUCAGGUCACACAGUACUCCGAUUACCAUCAUAUCACAACGAAUUCAACCCAAUGAAAUUGGCAUGGGAAAUGGUGAAAGGGUAUGUAAAACGAAACAACGAGACGUUUAAAAUCGAUAGUUCUCUACUACUCGUUAACACGGCAAUCGAACGAGUGACGACGGAAAAUUGGAAAAAUUUCAUUAAUAACGUCAUCGAAGAAGAAAAUAAAAUUUGGAUGGUCGACGACAUCAUAGACGAAAUUCUUGAUUAA